UGACACUUACGCAGCUGCUGAACGUUCACUAAACAAUUCCGUCGCUCGUAUUCCUUCGACAUUCGAGUCGUUCCUCCGGCUCUUGACGGCUUCGGGCCGGUGAAGUCGCCUGGGACUAUUAUGCUUGCACCACUACUAAUUAAGCGUGCAGAGAACUAACUCGGUAUCAAAGCUUGGUAAUCCUAUAACAGAAGUGCGGUAGAUAUGGCACUGGACACCGAUUAUCCCCACUCUAUGGCUUGCAGUCCUGCGCCGCGAGAGCUGAGGAAGAACGGGGAUGAGAACGAUCGGCGAAACGAAUCUUCCGACAGUCUAAACCGGUUUUCUUUGCCAGGAAACAACCGUCUCUCGAUGCCAACAACUGGGACUGCGAGGUCGUUGAAAUUUUCUAUUGAAAAUAUAUUAUCUCCAGAUUUUGGAAGAGCAGCCAAGGAACAACGUUACAAUUCUACCGGCACCUCUCAAUCAGACAAACAGAAAAUUUCCUUCGGAAGCGCUCAGGUCAAAUCUACCGGGACGCCUGUUCCCACCUCUCCUGCCGCCGAAACCAGAUCCGGUAACGCCAGUACCUCGCCUUCGCCUCAGCCGACAGUCUGGCCAGCGUGGGUCUUCUGUACUCGUUACUCGGACAGACCCUCCUCAGGUCCUCGAAUGCGAAAGCUGAAGUCUAAAAAGAAAGCUCCGGACGAGAAGCGGCCGAGAACCGCCUUCACCGCAGAUCAGUUGGCACGUUUAAAGCAGGAGUUUCAAGAGAACCGAUAUCUGACAGAGAAACGACGUCAAGAGUUAGCGCAAAACCUUCAACUGAAAGAAUCCCAGAUUAAAAUCUGGUUUCAAAACAAGCGCGCUAAAAUUAAAAAGGCCAGCUGUGAGAAAAAUCCCCUAGCUCUACAACUAAUGGCGCAAGGCCUUUACAACCACAGUACUGUUCCCGUCCAUAAUGAGGAUGACGAAGACGGAGACUCAAGUUAUUCCGCGUGAACUUACACCCAAACAACGAAAUCAAAGAAAUGAACUUUUGUAAAGAACGACUUUUUAAACUGUUUAUCCUUUGUACAACUUCGCAUUUUACGUAGCGGGAAACUUCUUGUUGGGGUGUUUGACCUCGAUGACGUAAAACGUUUUCAGUGCAGCCUAACAUUAAUUUACAGGUGAUAAGGAUUCUGUUGGUGUUGGAAAGACUACUUCUGUACAAUGAUUUGUAUCGAGUUAUGUAUGUUCGGUAUGUACAUAAAUAACUUUAUAAGAUAUUGGACCGUGAAGGAACUAUAUGGAUAUCAUA